ACACUCACUCAGUCGUCCAGGUCCGCUCGGUCGGAGCGCACAACUCGAUUCCAAAGGCUCCCUUCUCGUUAUUUGUAUAUUUGUGCGGAUUAUUGAAAAAAAUAAUUAAUCGAUAGCAUAAAGUAUCAAUCGAUCCGAGAAGAAUAGAGCUCGCGCGAUAAGAACCGCCAAGUAGUUCUGCACACGUGUUCUACUUGGUUGACCUUUACGAAAAUGCAUCAGUAUUGUUAAAUCGCGCUGUAAGCAGAGUGCCGUGCGAAGGGAACCUGAAAGUCAGGAAGAAUGCUACAACAUCUUUUCAUGAAAAUUAUCUUCGGCAUUGUAAGACGGACUUUCGAUGAGACUCUCCCUGAUGAUCUCACUGUUCCGUCUGCUGCGUAACUUGCUCAUGCGUAAUAAUGCGUUGGUUUAAGACGCAUAGCGAAGCCCCAAGACUUUUGAGCCUGAGUCCUCUGCGAACCGACGAACAUCUAGAUGGUGCAUCUUUGCAAGUACAUGCAGUCACCCGAAUCAGAGAUAUGUCUCCAGUGCGGUGGGUACGACGGAAGUCGUCGAGUUCUGAGUCCGAGAGGAAUUGCUACAACGUGCAGACUUCCCAAGUGACGACGGAACGCAGCGCCAGCAAAAAGGACAAGAAACGAAUACAGGAGGAGCGCAUGAGGAUUUGCGAGAAGAGGAAUCCGCUACUGGACCGUGUUAAAAACACGAGAUUGAGCUUCUUCAGAGACAAGGAUUCCGACGACGAGUCUGAGGACGGAAAUAGGGUGCAAUUCCGUUCUAUGAAUGAGCUGAGUCAACGUGGACUAACGAGGAAUGAAUUCCGACGAUCAGUUUGUGAAUCCGACCUUAAGCAAAUCAGCGAGGAGGAAAAGACUAGCGCCAAGAGAAAAAGAAGAUCAAAGUCCCAGACGAGAUUACCCAGUAGAAAGAAUUGCGAAGAGCGAUCGCGUUUCUUCGGAUUUCGUGCUUCUACGCCGAAAGUGUGUAAGUCGAAGGAUGACACGUUAGAGGAUAGUCCCAAACCUCGACGAAGAUGGCGAAAGAGCAAGGACUUUCUGGCUGAUAAUGAUUCUACAAAAUCCAUUGACAUUCUAACGGUGAAUAACGAGAGUCCUGGCAAAGACGAAUCUUUCUACGACAGUAUCACCCCGUCGAGUUGUUUAGCUGCGAAAUUCCGUGCGAUGCAAGACAGGUACCUGAAGAGCUCUACUAACAGAUUGAUAGCCAAGAUAUAUAAGAAAGAUAGCAAGGACAAGGAGAAGAGAAGACUUCGAAGUUUUUCUUACGGAACCCUACCGGGCCUUGAUGAGCUCAGGACAAAUCCUCUUUAUGAGGAACAACCUGAUCAGGACGACAACGAUUCUGGUAUCUUGGACAACGACUCCGCUACUAGUUCACUAUUGGAUGACAGAUGCAGCAGUGAUGCAUCAGGAUUACUUACUAGCAGCAUCAGCGAUGCAUCCCCGCCACAGCUUCCACCCAGAAGACCAUCAGCUCCCAUAACGGAAUCUGAGAAGAAUGCACAGAUAUAUUCCAGUCUUGAACUGAACUCUCUUGUAGCAAAUAACAUUAAGCACAACUCUACCAAGUCUCUGGGACCUCAGAAUGUUACCCUGGGAAUAGAGCGCGAUCCUCUUAGGACGAUCUGUCAGGCAGCGAAUUCCGAACUUAUACAGCGUCAGACUGGUUUUGCGUCCAGGGACAGACGAGCUCAGAGUUUAAAUCGUAAGGAGAUCGUCAAAAGACUUGCUAGCAGUAAGGAGAGUCUAGAGAGUCUGCGACCGCAAGUUGUGCGAAAUAAAGCUUACACCAUGGAGACCACGGUCGUGAAAUUGGUAAGGGAGAAGUCUGACGAGUGUCUUGGUAUCUUUAUAGCCAAGUCUCUAGAAUCUAAUCCUGGAUACUUAGUAGCUCAUGUCGUGCCAAAUGGCUUAGCUGAUCGUGAAGGUACCUUGAAGAUAGGCGACGAGAUUCUUAUAGUGAAUGGUAAACGUCUCAGAGGAUUGAGCAUGGCAGAGGCCAGAAAAAUCCUAGGAAGUGGAAGUGGGCCCGGUGAAGUGGACAUAGUCAUUUCAAGAUACACCAGUGUGGAUCAUCCAAGAAGGCUAAAAGAAAGUAGUGUAGAUUAUGAGAAUGUCAGUAUAGAAAAUGGUCAUGGUGUUAUAGUCGAAGCUGUCUCGCCAAAGUCCCACUUCAGAAAGCACCAUUCGCGUCGACUAAAGGAUAAGAAGAACGAUUCCAGUAGAUCAAUCUUCUCGGAAAAAUCGUCAUCAACGAUUGACAGCUCUUCUCAGAGUAUCUCUAAUUUUUGUACGCUGCCAAGACGACCUAGGAGCACAGUUUGCACUUUUCAUACAGUGGUCUUCGAAAAAGGCCCUGGUAAGAAGUCCCUUGGAUUCACUAUCGUUGGCGGAAGGGACAGUCCCAAAGGAAGCAUCGGCAUCUUCAUAAAAUCGGUAUUGCCCGGAGGCCAGGCCGCAGAAGAUGGUCGAUUGCGGGCUGGGGAUGAAAUUUUAGCCGUGAAUGGUCAAGUCUCCCAUGAUUUGGCACAUCGGGAAGCCGUGCAAUUAUUCCGGAAUAUCAAAAGUGGUCCAGUUGCGCUGCAUUUAUGUAGAAGAGUCAAGCAUCGAGAAUCACAAGCACUAAAGGCCAAAUCGUGUGCAGAUCUUUUAUUGACGGACGGAUAAUCUAUUAAUUUUAUUUUGUAAAAAUGAGCGAACCAAACGAAGUCUACAUGUAUAGCUAUGAAUUUUCAUGUACAUAUUGUAAAUUUGUAAAGUAUAACGUGAGGGAGAGAGAGAGAGAGAGAGAGAGAGAGAGAGAGAGAGAAAAGAGAGAGAGUCGCUGACAGUAAAUGCAAUAUUUAAUAAAUUUGUACAUACCUAGUUGUUCGAUCAACGAUAAUCGCAUACGAAUCCUAUACUUUGCGAAAUACAAAACGUUUAAUAAAAA